AUGGAUAACUUGCGCGCACAUCAUAGAAACAGACACGAAUUCACCUUGAAAUCAUCCAGAUCGACACUACAAGACCUGUCGUCCUCGUGGCCAGAGCAGGCCCCUGACCAACGGAGACCACUCCUGCAGUCGUGUCUUCAGCUCCUCGAAGGAUUAGAGCGUCGCGUCCCCGAGGAAAUACAGGAGAUCCAGGAGAUCCGCAGCCUUAUUAUGGAUAUCCUUAACAACAACCAGUCAGAUGUCACGAGCGAGAAUUCGGGCCCUGCAUCCCAUGAAACAUUUGGGGUCACUGGCUCGCUGUUAGAGGGUACAGGUUCUCCUCAAGGCCGUUUGUCCUACAGCGCCCCCAGUUCUGCCGACUAUGCAACUCAGGCUCAGCACAGCAUGUACUCUGAGGCCUUCUUGGCAUUCUGUGAUCCACAUGUCACAGAACCAUCAUCGGCGGAUGUUGAUGCUCCCCUCGAAUUAUCGCUCUGUGACACGUCCGAUUCCGUCUAUGAGCACGCUCUUGGUACUCUUACGAAGCAGUCAUUACUAUAA